UCAGAGGAGGGUGUGGCAGGUGGGUGCGGUCUGGCUUUUUUAUUUUCUGGAUGCUGGAUGGUGGCGGUGAUGGUCGUGGGAUGGAGGAGAGAAGAGGAGGAGGAGGGGGGAAGCACAGGGUGAUGGGGAAGGAGGAGGUGGAGGUGGAGGGGGGUUGCCGCGGCUGCCGGGGUCAGGCCUGUGUGUCCUGGGAAAGUUGGGUUCUCCAUUUAAAUCUGCACAUGUUGCGGCCUUCUGGUGGCUGCGUGAAUGCACACGGUGACAGAUGGCCCCGGCCCAUAACUAUAGAGUCCGAGGAGCCCGGUCCCCUGAGGGAGGGAGAGAGAGAGAGAGAGAGGGAGGAGAGGAGGAGAGGAGGAAGAGAGAGGAAGAGAAAGAGAGGCUACAGGGGAGGAAGAGGAGAAUGUAGCGCUCAGCUGAUCCCAUCAAAACCAGAGAAGAGAGAAGGAGAAAGGAGGAGGAGAGGAGAAGGAGAGGAGUGGAGGAGAAGAGAAGAGAGAAGGAAGAAAGGCAGAGGAGGAGAGGAGAGGACAGGGGAGGAGAAGAGGAGCGGAGAGGAGAAGAGGAGAGGAGGAGAGGAGAGGAGAGAGAAGGAAGAAAGGGAGAAGAAGAAGAGAAGGAGGAGGAGAUAAGGAGAGGAGAAAGAAAGAGAGAAGAUGAGGAGGAGGAGGGUUGUUGAUGUAUGAUUUUUGUGUGUGUGUGUGUGUGUGUGUGUGUGUGUGUGUGUGUGUGUGUGUGUGUGUGUUAUGAUGGGGGAAGGGGUGGUGUGGGUCUUAAUCCCAAACCCUAAAUUGAGUUAAUGUAUUUGCCUGGUCUGUAAACUCCAAUAGGAGGCCCGGGGUCCCCAAAG